AUGGAUGGGGAAUCGAAGGCCAAACCUUGGGUAGAGGAGGAGAGCACAGCCACAGCCCCAGAGGAGGAACCCAUAGACACAGGCGCCACUCCCUCCUCAGAGCAAACUACACCCCCCACGAGAACCCAGGCUCCUGUCACCAAGGCAAUAGAGGAACCCUCCAGGGUUAUGGAGAACAAUGAUGAUGAUGAUGUGGUGCUGGUGGAAGAGGCCCCGCCUCCCUCAGGGAAACAGCCCCCCACCCCCUCUGCUACUCCCUCUUUCCAAGCUGGCGCCCCCACUGCCUCCACCCCCACAGACUACACUGAGCCCCGCCACCUGGAAACAGAAACCACAGCAAUGGUAAACACGACAACCGCCACAGCAGCAUCAUUCCCCUCCAAGACCCCGAGUCCACCCGCCACCUCUUCAGCAGAGCCCAUAGUCAUUGACGAUGAGGAGGAUCCCGGGCACAGAGGCUUUUCCUCACUAGCCACAGCCGGAGGCCCCUCUUCAGACAGCGAAGGCAUCCUGAGCAGCACGGAGCCCGACUCUGAGAUAAAGAUCGCCAGUGUCACAACGCUGGGGCCCUCUGUCGCCAUGGCAGCUACAGCAGCCGAGCCAAUGGCAGAAGGGGACAUGAACCUGGUGAUCACCAGUGUGACAUCACUUCAGGGCGGAGUGGGGGGGGAGUGCAUGGUGGAGAAUGGCUUGCAGAUCAGCAGCACCUUCAGUCUGAACCCUGAGGCCCAGAGCUCCAUCAGCACCAACAGGCCCCCGGCCACCUUCAACCCUGGCCGGGUUAGCAACACCUCCACCACUAGCCAGCCUGUACAGAACGGAGACACGGGGACCCACCAGAGGCCUGGUAAUAAACACGCGCUUAUGAUUUUCACACACAUGCUGAAUCAUUCUGUGCUGGCUUAUAUUUCUUAUUUUCACAUUGCAGCCGUGUUAAGUCGUUUCUUCAGGUGUGCUAAAGUUUGUGUUUGUACGUGUUUUCUUUUUUCCACAGAUUCGUGGAUCUCCCAGUCAGCCUCGUUCCCGCGGAACCAGAAACGGACAGGGGUGGACUCUACAUCACCAGCCGCAUCCCUGCCCAAACCGCCCGGCCCCUCCCCCUCAGGCUCCCAGAACCCCCCUCGCACUGUCAAGGUGACCUGCGCCAAUUGUAAGAAGCCUCUGAAGAAAGGCCAGACGGCCUACCAGCGGAAAGGGUCCACACACCUUUUCUGUUCCACCACCUGCCUCUCCUCCUUCUCACACAAACCCACCCCCAAGAAGAGCUGCACCAUGUGCAAAAAGUAAGAAGGAAGUGUUGUUUGUGUGUGUCGCUAUAUCUAAUUUGCUACUUUAUUUUGAGUGUGUGUGCGUUAACGUGUCUUCCAGGGACAUCACUACAAUGAAGGGCACCAUCGUGGCCCAGGUGGACUCCAGUGAGUCAUUCCAGGAGUUCUGCAGUACAGGCUGUCUGGGAGCCUACGAGAACAAACAGAACCCAGCCAAGUCCUCCCUUAAAACUAAGUGCACUGUCUGCAGCAAGCUCACUGAGGUCAGUCUAGCACACUACACUAACCAAUCCCAAAUCGCCCCCUAGCCUCUCUACCCCUAGGCACUCCUUUUAGAUCUGAAAGGAUUGAAUAGGUGAAAUCUCUACUCAGCCUAUCCGAAGACAAGGGUAUCCUCUUAGAUCAACAGGAGUGGUGGUAUACAGCUACGACCGGAAGUUACUUUUUCGUCGCAGGUUAGGAGAAUUAAUGUAGCAGGUAUGGAGAAUUACCGUAGCAGGUUAGGAGAAUUACCGUAGCAGGUUAGGAGAAUUAACGUAGCCGGUAAGGAGAAUUAGGUUAGGAAAAGGGUUAGGGUUAGCUAGAAUGCUCUCCUAACCUGCUACAAAAAGGCAAUUCCAGUCGUAGCUGUACUCCAUCUAGUCACAACUGUGGGUAGGGGUCGAUUUAGGGACUGAGUAAAUGAGAUGCGUUCCACUCACUCUCCCUCCAACAUGGCUGCCGACGGCACAGUUUCUCAUCCGCUGUGUCUGUCCAAGCGUUGAGCCUGGUGACCAUGGUUACUGCAUGGAAAACAGUUGGCAUCAAAAUGAAGCGUGGUUCCCAUCUCACAAUAGAGUAUUUAUAAACAACCCCAAUGACACCAACCAGCCACCAGCUAGAAUCUCACACCGAUCUCACCACUUGCCAGAGUAUUCAUUCACUAUGAUUGAUUUAUAACAAUAUAUGGUAAAAUAUAAUUAUUUAUAUUCCCUUUCCUCAUAACAGAUCCGCCAUGAGGUGAGUUUCAAGACGGUCACCCAUAAGAUCUGCAGCGAUGCCUGUUUCAACCGUUAUCGCAUGGCCAACGGGCUCAUUGUGAACUGCUGUGAGCAGUGUGGGGAAUACCUGCCCAGCCGCGCGACCGCCAACCACUUCCUCAUCAUCGAUGGCAAGCAGAAACGCUUCUGCUGCCAGAACUGUAUCAGUGACUACAAGCAGGUAACAACUACAAUGUAUCAGGGACUACAAGCAGGUAACAACUACAAUGUAUCAGGGACUACAAGCAGGUAACAACUACAAUGUAUCAGGGACUACAAGCAGGUAACAACUACAAUGUAUCCGGGACUACAAGCAGGUAACAACUACAAUGUAUCAGGGACUACAAGCAGGUAAAAAGCCAGGCUGUUUUAUCCAGUCUCUCCCUGACACUGGGAGAUUUGUAGAUUUUUUUCUAUUUGUUUCUAUUGGUCCAUAUCUGCUGGUAAUUGUUAACAAUAAAAUCAGCCUUAGGUGCUAUUCAUGAUUUAUGUUAUGGCUACAAAUAUUUGUAUUCCCUUAUUCCUCCAGGCCAACUCUAAGAUGGUGAUGUGUACUGGCUGUAGGGCCAUGGUCAGGUCUAGUGAAGUCACUCACUGCAUCGGGGCCAGCGGCACCAUGGAACCGUACUGCUCCACAGCCUGCGUGAGCAAGACCAAGCUCGCCAGCAGCGCUACCACUAUCCUCCGUCAGUAUUUGUCUAUACCUCACCAUCAGAGCAUCACUGUACUCCAUUUUCACUUUAUUACUUGAAUUCCAGUUCCUGAAUUAAACCUUGUCUCACACAUAUUAGAGCAUACCACUCUCACUCUCCAGUGAGCCCACAUCUUACGUCAUUCACACUGACUGUUGGUGUGGUUGCUUUGAUGUGUGUGAUGUGGUUGUCAAAGUUGUUUUAUUUUUCUCUGUGUACAUAUGCAUGGGGGUGUGAGUCCAGCACAGCAAGUACUAUAAUAAAGGUGCUGGUACUUACUUAAAUUUGACCAUACCGUGUGUAGGAAGGUUAUGUGGUAAGUGGGUGUUUUGUGUUUGUUCCUUUCUGCAGACUCGGAGCCCACGUGUCACUUCUGUAAGAAGACAUCGUUACCUCAGUACCAGGCAUCGCUGCCUGAGGGGAAGGUCCUAAACUUUUGCAGCUCAACGUGUGUCACCAAGUACCAGGUAUGUACUAACUCCUUUCUGUCUUUAUUAUUGUAAAUAUCACCUUAACCGGGACAUUUGAAUAAGAAUUCUAAAAGCCUACUUAUAGUUAGGUUUCACGUUAGAAAGUGCAGUGCAAUUAAACAAUAUGAGUCCCUGACUGUCUGGGGACCUUAUCUGGUUGUCUUCUCAAGGAAAUGUUUUUCUUUCUUCAGAAUUCCACCAUUCAUACAGUAACCAAUGGACAGGCUCCCCUGUCUACAACGAACCACAACAUCCAGCUCAAAUGUAAUUACUGUCGAGGAGCAUUUAGCCUAAAGCCUGAAAUCCUGGAGUGGGAGGUAAAUUCACUUUGUGGUCAUGAACUUGGUUUAUAUAACACAAUUAUAUUACGUUUUUAGUUGUAGUCUUUUUUUGGUUCUCAAAAUUGAGCAUAAAAGUUAAAAGACUGAGUGUACAUGCUCCACUUAUCCCUCUGUGUGCAGGAGAAAUAUCAAGUGGUCAGAUCUCUAUAAAAUAUGCAGGAGCAUUCAACAGUGUGUUGGUAUCUAUUCUCUCCCCCCAGGAUAAAGUGUACCAGUUCUGCAGUAAGAUAUGUUGUGAGGACUACAAGAAGCUGCACUGCAUCGUCACGUUCUGUGAGUACUGCCAGGAGGAGAAGACGCUCCAUGAGACAGUCAAGUUCUCCGGAGUCAAGAGGCCCUUCUGCAGCGAAGGUUCGCCAAGGCUCUCACUCCUUCAUCUGUGUCCUUGUUAGCUAGUCGGUUUUGAUUGUGAGAGAACCCAGAGUGAACACUCGGGGUGAAUAAUAUUGUCCUCAUCCCAUAUUUCUUCAUGGCCUUGCCAUGUUCUGCCACUAGAUGGGGCACUUUACCCAGACCAAACAUGAGUUGAGCUAAAGUUUGUCUGUCAGGUGAGCGUUGACAUCAUGUAACCUCCUUAAAGUUGUUGUCCCUAUUUCCCCUCAGGUUGUAAGCUGCUGUUCAAGCAGGACUUUGCCAAGCGGCUGGGUCUGAAGUGUGUCACCUGUAACUACUGCACUCAACUGUGUAAGAGAGGAGUGACCAGGCAGCUGGCCGGGGUGUCCAGGGACUUCUGCAGUGAAACCUGCGCCAAGAAGUUCCACGAGUGGUACUACAAGGUCAGAGUGCCAACCUAAAUCAGUUUAGCUGUGAAAAAUCAUAUUCCUGAGUUAGUCAAUUAUUACUUAUUUUUAUGUUAUUCUCAAAAUUGUCUCCAGAGGUUGAUUUGAUCAAUCUCUUACAUGAAAGGUGUUUGUGUGUACGUUUCCCUGUAUGUCCACCAGGCGGCGCGUUGUGACUGCUGUAAGGUGCAGGGGAACCUGACUGAGUCGGUACAGUGGAGAGCAGAAAUGAAGCACUUCUGUGACCAGCAGUGUCUCCUCCGCUUCUACUGCCAGCAGAAUGAACCCAACCUGGCAACGCAGAAGGGCCCAGAGAACACCAGACUUGGUACUAAUUUGUGUGUGUUUAGUCUUUUUUUUUUUAUACAAAUACAUCUGUGUGGUUGACUUAUGGAACCCUGUUUUCUAUUGACAGGAUUUGGAAUACAAACCGAGGCAACCAACAUUGCGGUAAGAAAAAACCACUUCAUGUUAGAACACCAGAAUCGUCACAGCACGGCUGACUGUAAGGUAAACAAGAUCAUCCUCCUCCUUUAACAAGGAUCAUCUCUUAUCCUUUCUAUCUACUAGAUGUUGAGUCAGCCGUACACCGGUGGAGGGAUCCUAAAGGACGUGAAGAAUAAAGCUGUACUCUGCAAGCCUCUCACUAUGACCAAGGCCACCUACUGCAAACCACACAUGCAGAGCAAGCUCCUACAGACAGGUACACAGCUCAAUAUUACUGUCUGAGAAGUUGUGGUUCAAACUGUACAGGACGUUAUCUCCCACAGUCGUGUUUCAUUGUCCUUGGUUUGACCUUUGACCUGUGUGUCUGUCUCUAGAUGAGGAUGACGGGGUGAAGAGGGAGUACAUUCCUGUGCCUAUCCCUGUACCCGUGUUCAUCCCCGUCCCCAUGAACCUCUACGCCCAGAUCACACCCAUGUCUAUCACACUACCCGUCCCGGUAAGAAACGCCCUGGGCUCCUUGGAACCAAUAGAAUAGCCCCAAAAGUGCAAAUUCCAAAUAAUUUCGAGCAGAAGUGUGUCCGACGAUUAGAACUCUAUUGCUGUUCACGUUCUGAAAUUGUAUGAUUGGUAUUUUGUAAAUAUGAGGACAACUAUGAAUCACGUUCCCGUUAUGAAAAUAAUAAGGUGGAGUGGGUAUUGACUCUGUCGAGUCUUACAAGUAUUUAACACAUGAACAGUCCCUAACCAACCAGUUGUCCCCGUCCCCCGCCCUCCUAUCCCAGGUUCCAGUGCCGAUAUUUCUGCCGACCACGCUGCAGGGUGCAGAGCAGAUUGUCCAGACCAUCAACGAGCUGAAGGCCAAAGUCCCCACUGACCCCCACGAGGCUGACCUCCUCUCCAUGGCUGAGAUGAUCGCAGAGGACCAGAAGCCAGGUAGAGAGACACACACGCAUAGAGAAAGAAAGCUGGAUACCACAUCCACAGUUUGCAUGUUCCAAACGUGCAAACUCAAAGCAUUACUCAAAUACUGUCAAGUGUGUCUGAUGAUUAGAACUCUAUUGCUGUUCACAUCCUGAAACUCUGUGAUUUGGUAUUUUGUUAUAUGAGGACAUGAAACAAACCAUGAAGCUUUAUCCAUGACUACCGGUAUGUGUCUUUGUCUACCUGAAUGGGAAGCACCUCUCUGCCUCAUCACUGCAAGCUGCCACAGUUAUGAGGUUGAUUGUUGUGACUCUUUCAGAUGUGAAGGUGAAGAGGGAGCGAGGAGAGGCCAGGUCCAGCAGCUCGAGUAGCAGCGGCUCUGAAUCAGAGGCUGAGGAGGAGAAGUAUGAACCAGACCUGGACCUGGAGAACGACUUUCCUCAAGGUACGACUACUGAACAACAUCCGACCACCCUGACUCUGUGAGACACUUUCUAGUGCUGUCCUUCUCUAUUGGGUAAAAUUAGAUUAUUUAACUGCUCUCUGUACAGUGGAGAGGUGUUACGCAAUAUCACAGGUCACAUGGUUGUGUGUUUUUAUAUUAUGGAACAGUACAGUAAUUCAGGUAAAUUCCUCUGGGGUUAUUUCUGGACUGCCUGCUCGUUAGACUCGUCACUCCUAUCGGACAAAGGGAUUUUUUAUUAUUUAUAAUCUGAAGUGGAUUCAGAAGGACCGGUAUCGGACCUAGCUAAUAAAGGAAUAUAAAAUAAUAAUAAUAAUAAAGAACCUAGCUAACUGCGGCAGUGACCAGCAGCACUGGACUAUGUGUUCAAUAGAGAGAAGCUAGUUAUGUAACUGCUGUUUGAUGAUUUAAUUCACCCCCACUGGUAAGGGCCAGUAGCUAAUUCACUCAUUCACAUCCCUCCAUCUGUCUGGCUCAGUUUGGCACAGUUCGGUUCAGCUCUGCCCGGUUCACUUUAGCUCUGUCCAACUCAGUCUGGUGGGCUUUGACUUGGCUCAUCCCUUACCUGUGUCUGUUUGUCCUGUGGUGCCCCAGACCCUGUUCCCACGCUGGAGAGUCUGGACGUGGACAUGGGGUUCACCCUGCCCCCUCUCCUGGCUGAGGAGAAGGAAGUGGCACCCAGAGCCAGGAGACAGGUACACUACUCUACCCACCCUGACUAGUGUUGUCACGAUACCAACAUUUCGCAAACUAUACGAUACCAACAUUUUACAAACUAUACGAUACCACGGUGGGAAAAAAUCAGUGGCCUACCAUCUUGUUCGCCCCGUACACUUGUUCCCGUUUUCUAAACGUUCUCUGUCACUGAAAUUCACACUUCUACUCAAUACAACACAUUGCAUUUAACUUCACACUGUUCACUGUAUAAUAGAAUGCUGCAUAGAAUGGCUGAUUUGCUCAUAUGUCCAAAGGCCUACCUGUGAUUUGGCUGGAGGAAUGGGAGGAAGGAGUAUACAUGCAUAAUGAUCUGCAUGUCAUUGUGUCAGUAAGGGGAAAACACUGCAUGAAACCUUCUUCUUUACUGUUCAGUUAACAGACACACACACACACACACACACACACUCUCCCUUCCUCACACACUCUGUCUCCCUUACUGUUCAGUUAACAAACACACAUACACACACUGCUCCCAACUUUUAAAACGUUAGGCACCAAACAGAAUUUAAGGAGCACCGGAAAAGGCCUAUAUGAACCCUACCUUUGAACCACAUCUCAUGAGUAGCAGACCCUUUUCCUUUCUUCCUGGGCCAAUCAAAUGUGCCUAAACCUAGUGUCAAGUUACCAGGUUGUUAGCUAACUAGGUAACAUGACUGUUUUUUAUUAAACCAAUAAUUAGCAACCCGGGAUUAGUUUAAAACGGCCCGUGACAUGGUUUUUGAAAUUAUAUAAAAUGUUUGCGAAUCCCAAUAGAAAGAAAAAAAGGCAUCUCUGUUAAAAUGGGUCGUAUUCUUUUAACUGUUUAGGCUAGAGACAAGCCGUUUUCUUUGUUGUAAAGCUGCAAGCAUGCCUGUCACCUAGCGGUGCUCCAUUUCCCCUCUCUGACACUCAGAGGCUGCAUGACAGUGAACUUGCAAAGUCUACUCAGACUGGUCUGUGCUCUUGGUUACAACAGGCGAUUAAAUUAUACAAUGUAUCAACAUUGCUGGCUUUGCGCACUGCUCCAAUGUAACAAAUGUACAAAUCUAACGACAGAAGACUCGUCUGGGUCUGCAUCCCCAUCCCCGCUCGCCAUCACUGCUAAAUUAUAUUUUAAAAAACUGACGGAGGAAUAGAUGUGCAUGAAUCCCACCCCUUACCCUAAACCAGAUUCGUAUCCCGUCCCCGUCCCCUUAUCCUAAACCUGGUUCGUAUCCAAAUCCUAACCCUACCCAUACACUGAUACAUCACACUCUUUCCCUUCUUGGAGCCCACCUCUCUCUUUAUUCAUGUUUUGUUAUUCAUUUCUGUAAUUGUAAAGCCACUUUGGGUCCUUGAAAAGCGCUAUAUAAGUCCCAUGUAUUAUGAAAAGCGGACGGAGAGAAGCAGGUGAGUGAGGGCUGGUUGGGGAUGCGGCUGGCUGAUUUACAGCUGCCACACGUGAUAUGCGCAUGAAAGUGAAGUGGACAUUAUUGGACCUGCGCAUACAAGAGACUAGUGGCUGUUGCUUAAAUUCAACAGAGUUUAUAAACAAAACUGACUUUAUAGACAUUUUAUAACAGGCGCCAGCAGGUUCUUUAGAUCGGUAGGGCUGACAAAUUCGGUAGUAUGAUAUGAAACGGUACUACAGUAUUCUAAAAUGUUGGUAUCAUAAGGAUCAUGACGUUUCGGUACCGUGGUAUUACUGUGGUACCGGUAUACCAUGCAACACUAACCCUGACCCCUUUCAUCUAGCUACUAGCUCCAAUUGGAAGCAGAAGUGUGUCUGAUGAUUAGAACUCUAUUGCUGUUCACAUCCCGAAACUCUGGAUUUGUUAUUUUUCAUAUGAGGACAUGAAAUAAUAAGCCAUGAUGGAGAGGAACAUAUAAACAUCUUGAAAAAACGUUUACUAAAAACAGUCUGCCAUCAUUAAACACAAUAGAAAAAUUAAGUUAUUACUUAAAUAUUGAAAGUGUGUGGGCUACUGUUUUUAUAAAAUUAAAAUCAUGCAAAAAAAAAAUAGUGGAUAAGGUCUCCCACACGAAGGCUUCUACCGAGACAUUACCAGUCUCAUUCGUAGGAGAUGUUUGUUUUAGGGACACAAGAGGCGAGCUGUAGAGGGAGACCCUUCCUCCCCCUCUCCCCCUACGCCAGACGGCCCUGUGGAGGGGCGCUCGCUACCCCUGAGAUCUCGCUACGGGGUCAACGCCUGGAAACGUUGGGCGUUGUCCUCAGCUGACCAAUCAGGUGACGAUAAAGGGAAAGACUACCUCAAGCAGGGUGAGUAAGCUCCACCCACAGCAAUUAUUAUCGUACAGUAAUUGGAACCAUUGGACUUUCUGUAUGAAAGGUGCUAUAUAAUUAAGUUGCUAAGCGAUUAUAAUUAUUUGUCCUCAGAACCUCCACCGGCCCGGUCGAAGAGUAACCCGCUCUCUCUGAAAGCAUCAGAGCUCAGCCUGGCCCUGUCACGGUUUGUCCAUGAGGUACGGCGGCCAAACGGAGAACGCUAUGCCCCUGACAGCGUCCUCUACCUCUGCCUGGGCAUCCAGCAGGUCAGUCACCCCCUUCUCGGUCGACUUCUGUGGCCUGGUUUCAUUUCAGUGUGUAGCCCUUCGCUCCUACCCAUUCAGACCGUGUUCACAGAUCUGACAAGACAUGGAUAGGUGAAAGCAAUAUGGUGGAGGUUCUGUCUUAAGGCUGAUCCAGUAUUAUAUAGAUCUAUGAACAUCAACUGAAUAGGUGCUAGGGACCAGAAUGGCUCCAGGCCCACAUUCGGGGAGUUUCUCCCAUUCUCUGCAGAUCCUCUUAAGCUCUGUCAGGUUGGAUGGGGAGCGUCGCUGCAUAGCUAUUUUCCGAUCUCUCCAGAGAUGUUCGAUCGGGUUCAAGUCCGGGCUCUGGCUGGGCCAUUCAAGGACAUUGAGACUUGUCCCGAAGCCACUCCUUUGUUGUCUUGGCUGUGUGCUUAGGGUUGUUGUCCUGUUGGAAGGUGAACCUUUGCCCCAGUCUGAGGUCCUGAGCAAGGUCCUGAGCACUCUGUACUUUGCUCCGUUCAUCUUUCCAUUGAUCCUGACGAGUCUCCCAAGUCCCUGAAAAAUAUCCCCACAACAUGAUGCUGCCACCACCAUGCUUCACCGUAGGGAUGGUGCCAGGUUUCCUCCAGAUGUGACGCUUGGCAUUCAGGCCAAAGAGUUCAAUCUUGGUUUCAUCAGACCAGAGAAUCUUGUUUCUCAUGAUCUGAGAGUCCUUCAGGUGCCUUUUGGCAAACUGCAAGCGGGCUGUCCUGUGCCUUUUACUGAGGAGUGGCUUCCGUCUGGCCACUCUACCAUAAAGGCCUGAUUGGUGGAGUGCUGCAGAGAUGGUUGUCCUUCUGGAAGGUUCUCCCAUCUCCACAGAAGAACUCUGGGGCUCUGUCGGAGUGACCAUCAGGUUCUUGGUCACCUCCCUGACCAAGGCCCUUCUCCCCCGAUUGCUCAGUUUGGCCGGGCGGGCAUCCCUAGCAAGAGUCUUGGUGGUUCCAAACUUCUUCCAUUUAAGAAUGAUGAAGGCCACUGUGUUCUUGGGGACCUUCAAUGCUGCAGAAAUAUUUGGGUACCCUUCCCCAGAUCUGUGCCUCGACACAAUCCUGGUUGCCUACAUGAAGUAAGAAAACAUGUAAUGUAACAUCUAAUUAGGGUCACUUGGAAACACUAACCAACAUUUUGGUUCCUACCCUGUCGAAUGAAUUAAUUACAUUUUAUUUUUGUGUCAAAUCGCUAACUGGCAACCCAUCCCUUAUGGGAUUAAUUGACACAAACAAACAUUACAAUAAUUCAAUUAUAAUUAUUUUGUCAAUAAUUCCUCCUUGGUUUAUUCAUUCGUUGUCAUGUCAAACAACAAUGUAUUCAAGGUGCUGCCCACUAUAUUCCAACUAUAACAUUUCCAUAAUUCCAACAGUUCACCUAGGCCUAUAUUUUUUAGCCCAUAUCAUGCUGCGUGGCACAGUGUGGAAAUGAUAAUAAAAGUGCUGGGGGGAUUUUUUGUGAGGGGGAUUGAACAGUAAGUAGAAAUGGAGAAAGACCAAUUUUUUAAAAUCACUUAUAAUGUAUGUGUUGUCACCUUAGGGUCAUGAACUACUCAUAAAGAAUAUUUAGAACUUCUAUUAUUAAAAAACAUAAAAUACCGUCAAGCAUAAUAUUUUGUCCAUAUCGCCCAGCCCUAGAAAAUGGUGUUGUGAAGUAGAUUCUCUCAGGAGCAGGAACAGACCCCUCUAUUUCUCACCGCUCUCCUUUCAUCUUACCUCCUCUAUUGCCCCUCCCGUCAUUUUUUAAAGUCUUGUCCGAUGAUUAUAACUUUUGCUGUUCACAUCCUGAAACAUGGUGUUGACUAUUUAAAAUAUGAGGACACCAUCUAUAUUCUUCACAAUCUCAUAACCAGGUCUAGGUUUGGAUUCCCACAAGAUUUUACUCUAGUCCAGUUAUUCUCUACUGGUGACUUAUUACUUGUUUGUCUGUAGCAUCUGCAGGCCAAAGGCAGGAAAGAUGACCUGUUCAGUGACCUGUGCUACGAGCCGUUUGGAGAGGAGCUCAACAAGGUCCUCAAAGACUGGCAGCCCAGCGUGAUGCCUGAUGGUAAAUAAAUAGCGCACACUUUACCACUGCUCAAUUUACAUGUCUAUCAACUGAAUUAUCUUCAGCACACACUCCAUCUAUGCUGUUUAUGGUAAUAGUUUUACCAUAAAGUGUAUGUUUUGAACUGCAACUCCUCCAUUGAAGACCUUCCCGCAGUGUCCAAUGAUUAGAACAAUUUUUGCUGUUCACAUUCUGAAACAUAGUGAUUGCACAAUAUUUAUGAUAUGAGGACACUAUAGACAUGAUCAAUUUAAAACCCACAUUCAAUUGAAGCAGGGUUCAUACCUUGUACCUUUUGUGUGUGGAUCAGUGUUUGUGUUAAUGUUAGGUCCAGAGGUAGUGUAUCGUGAUCAUUGUUGUUAACAGCUGUGUGUCUGUCUGUGCCCCCAGGCUCUCGGUGGGGCCGUGUGGAGGAGCAGUGCCUGUGGAGCUGUAAGCUGCUGGGGGAGCAGAGUCCUGCAGCAUUGCUGCGCUCCCUGGUCUAUCUCAACACCAAGUACUUUGGCCUGCGCACCGUGGAGCAGCACCUGCGCCUCUCCUUCAAGAAUGUCUACGGCCCCGACCACACAGACCCAACCACACAGGAAACCACCAUCUGCAUCCGCAUCCCUUCCAUCUCCUCACCAGACCACCACUGUGAGUCUGACCACUAA